AUGAUAUUGAAAGUUAGAAGCGAAGCAGUUUGUGAAUCAGCAGCGUCAACUUUAAAAGGGCACAUACACAAUAACCGUUCAUUACAGUAUGAUUCAUUAGAUGAAGAAGUCAUGUUACAUUGGAAUGCACCACCAAUGCGUACAGCUGAUUUAUUUAUCAGAAGUUCACUUAAUGAUUAUUUUAGUCAUACCAAACAAAAACAGUGGUUAUUUUAUAAAAAAAUGUCAACAAUAUCAAGUUUGGAAGCUUGUUUCUCCGGGUUCAGUUGUUUUAAAUCGUUUGCGCAAGAUACAAGUGGGAAGAUUACCUGA